UGUUGUUGUGUAUUUAUGCUGCAGUUCGUUCAAGUGUGUGCGUGCGCCGGGAAAAUCCGCUCAAAAACGGUUAUCGACUUCGGUUGUGCUCUGCUGCACAGUUUAGUUUUUCGAAUCACAACCGACGACGACUGUCAACAGUCAACGACUGCUCCGGAGCAGAAUAAACGACUUUUUUUCUUUUAAGUUUAGUUAAAGUUUUCUUCCUGCAACUGCCAUUAAAUGAGUGAAUAAUCUGUGAUCAGUAUUUAGUUAAACGUUAGUCCAAAUUAACCGCCGCCGUUUUGUGUUCAUCAACUGUGCCACCAUGGACCCGGAGACGUUCCUGACGCCACGCAAGAUCUUCCAGAACGCGUUCAACGCGGCCCGGAAGUCGGCCUCCGGUUCCGGUUCCCCGUCCGUCUUCACCCCGACCCGGUUGGCCUCCCGCGGCGGUGCCGUCAACGGUCGCUUUCACCUGCUCCCGGCGGUAGUACAAACGCCACCCUCCUGCCGGGUCCUGCCCACCAAGGUCGUCAAUCCGUUCGAAUCGCUCGAGCGGCUGCACCUGCCCAUGAUUGCCAGCCCGUCCAUAUUUCACCGGCCGGCCACUCCGAGGGCUAGCAGUGGUGCCGGGACGGGGGAUGGUUCCGGCGGGACGGCCGUGUUCGAGUGGACCAUCGACGAGGUGUCCUCGCUGGGGCAGGCCAACUUUGAGCCGUACGAGUCGCAGUUCCUGCAGACGCCGGACACGGCCCGGGAGGCCAAGGCCCAGGCCGCCAUCAGUGCGUACUUCAAUGAGAUUAGCGUACCCAGCCCCGUCGACUGCCCGCUGCGAAACCAAAAAAUCAUCCUCAACGGUGCCGACUCGUCCUCCUUCAGCGGCAGCUUCGCUGGCCGCAAGUCCAAACGAAAACGGGACGGCAUCUGUCAGACGGUGCUCACCUUUCCACCGGUGCUGCCCCCGGAGGUGGAAGCCAUGCUGGCGCCCUACUUCAACUUCCACGAUAAUCAACAGCAAACCCACGACCCGAUCGACGAAACCGACGGCAGCUUCAUCGACCACGACGCCCGGGACGCGUCGCUGCGGCGUAAGCUGUUCAACUGCGCGAGCGAUUCAGAGGAGCCGGAAGACCGGGAAGACUCGCUGGAUCGGCUGGAUCUGCGCUGUCUCAGCCCGCCGCCUGUAAGUCCCGAGUUGGGCCAGGCCUCGGCGCAGAUCCUGAAGCGAUCGCGCUGCUUCAGCUCGUCCCGCGAGCUGGCGAUCGAUCCGGGCGAUAUUUCGCUCAGUCCGGUGGCGGGAACGCCAUCCACGCAAGCCGGCGACGACCGAGAGUCGUUCGGGGCGUUGUCGCCCAUUUCGAAGCGAUCGGAGUCGCCGUCGCCGAUGAAACCGGGCUCGAAUUCGACCGAGUUGCCCAGCGUGGAGGGGGAGGCUAGUGGAAGUGGGGGCAUCGAGAUGGGAACCGAUGCCAUUUACAGGAGCACGCCGGAACGGCCGCGGCCGGCUGGGCUCGUGGCGAUGAACUGCAGCAGCACCAACAGCCAGCACCACAUGUCGGUCGAGCUCAACGAUAGCCAGCAUCGGGUAUUCAAACCCAUCGAUCGAUCGGCCGAUCUCACCGAGGAGGACGACGUUUCCUACGAGGACAACCUGCUCGCCUCUUCCCAAUCCUCGAGCUCAAUCUCAACCUCCCAGCAGCACCCAACGACGCCGGUACGACGCCACGCUGGUCGCUCCCGCAGCCACCGACGCAACCGCAAGAACCUGUCCCACUCCUUCCUGCUCUACUCGGACGAACUGGACGAGGAACGUGAGGAGCAGCACGCCCAGUCCCACCUGCACCAGGAUCUACUAACAAAAGAAUUACACCGACGUAGCUUCAGCGGAAUCUUGGCCGCCUCUGGGAAGGAGAACGUGCGCCCGACCGCGACGGAAUCGGGACUGGCCAAAUCGGUUCCGAUCGGGGGCAAUUUUUACCGCAUGGAUAGUGGUUUCAACGAGGAGGAGACGACCCGCGGAAGCCAGGAGACUGCCGAGUACGAUGAGACUGAUGUGUCGAUGCAAUCGGACUUUUGCUGUGACGAGGCUGGGACGCCCCAGCGCGGUGCUGGUCAGCGACGGGCCUUGGCCGCUGGAGCAGGAGAUGGCCAGCAUCACGUGGGUUGCUCAAUAAGACUGUAAAUUUGCCUUUUUCGCGCGUGUAAUUUAUAUGACUCUUUGAAUUCAUCGAAUGAUUAUUAGUUUAAAUGUUCAGCUUUUCUAGGAUUAGUUGACGAAUUUAUGUUUCCUAAACUGUAUUUUAGACACAAAUGUAAUGUUCCAAUUUUAUGUUAUAGUAAUAAAAAAAAUUAAAA